AAGUGCCAUCACUUCUACCUGCGUUACUUAUAUCCCUGUAUGGUGCUUAGGACAGCUGUUAGACAACUCACCUAAACUUCACAACUCUCAGCUGUCCAGAUGUCGCAGAGCGUCCUACACAUCUGUCUACUUGCCCUGAUGUCAUUGCUGCUGCUAUUCUCUCCUCUUGGAUGGAGCAAAGAGGGACAAACCCCAGGAUGUCACCUAUAUCCCAUCAACGUGACCAUCCGCAGUGACCGUCGGGGAACUUGUAAAGGCACCCAUCUGGUGUACGCCUGCGUGGGCUACUGUGAGUCCAGUGCUUUCCCAUCCAGAUACUCCGUUCUGGUGGCGUCAAACUUCACGCACAAUAUCACCUCUGCAUCACGUUGUUGCACCAUCAACAAGGACGCCAAGGUCAAAGUUCGACUGGACUGCCCACGAGGUCUGCACUACGAUGAAAUCGAGAUCCUGACGGCAAAGGCAUGUCGAUGUGACAUGUGCCGCAAAUCACGCUACUGACUUUUUAUCGCUUCAGGACAAAAUGCCGCAAAUCUGAUUUGCAGGAUGAAAAGAUUAUAGUUUACAGAGAUAGAAAAAAACACAAAAACACUACAGCG